AUGGGUGUUAAACGUCUAAACUCAUUAUUAAAACGUUACGCUCCCGAUUCAAUAGUCCAAAAAACCCUUGACCAAUACAAACACAAGAGAUUGGCAAUAGACGGUAGUAUUUAUCUUCGAAAAUUUGUUUAUGGUAUCAAAGCUACUAAUGGUCAGGGGGAAAUGCAUCCGUAUACACAUAUUCUUGGUUUUUACAGGAUGACAUUACUUUUAAAACAGAAUAAUAUUACACCGAUAUUCGUGUUUGAUGGCAAAACAAGAAUAAAAGAGAAAAAUAAGGAAUUGAUAAGAAGAAGAAAUUUAGCGAAAAAAGCUCAAGAAAUAUUAAAAUUUGAAAAAAUUAGGAAUGAAAGAUUAGAAAAAUGGAAAUCAGUUGUUAAUAAAAUGGAAAAAAAGAAAGAUAGUAGUAUUUCAGAAUAUAUAACAAUGGGUCUUAGUGAAGUUGUAGAGAAGACGAUUUCAUCGUCAAUGAUACAAACUCUAGAUAAUGGUACUCACAUUCGUCUUAAUAUUCCACAGAAUAUUACAUCCUGCAAACCUCCUGAAACUUUGGCCGGUAAGAUCAUACAAGAUCUAAUGACAUUCAUUCAAUUAGAACAGAAUACAGAUUUUGUAGAUUCAUAUUUCGAAAAAUCGUGUGUUGAAGGAUCCGACAAAUUAAUCAAAGAGAUAAGAAGUUUAAAGGAUGAUAAGUCAAGAUGCAUAAGGCAAAAGGUUAUACUGGAGAUGCAAAUACCAAUUUUAAUUUAUUUAAUUAAAUUUAUCAGGCAAGUAAUUGAAUCUAAAUCGCAUAAUACGGAAGUUAUACAGAAACAACAAACACAAUUGAUUCGCUUAUUACUUUUAAUAAAAGAGAUAGCAACAAAAAGCCAAGCAAGAAAAACGACAAUACAAACUUUAUCAGUUGAGAGAAUCAAAAAAAUUGCAAAUUUGAUGGAUGAACAGACAUUCAAAAAAAAGUACCCUAAUUUUAAGCCUUUAGCCGAUGAUAUAAAAUUAAGGAAGGAAAUAAAGGACAUGGUGAAUACGGCAUUGAAAGGGGUAGCAUUAUUGGCCAAUGAUAAAAGGUUUACAAAAGUACAACGCAGGAUAGCGCAGAUGGAAUACCAACUUGUCGAGUCUUUGUUGGCUGGGCAAUUAUCAAAUGAUAUAAUAUUAGAUAUAAUGAAAAACUUGGAGAAACGCACGAUUAAAGUUACUUGGAAGAUGUAUGAUGAAUGCCAAGAAUUUUUAAAAGCGUGGGGAAUUCCGUGCAUAACAUCAGAAGGGUACGAAGCAGAGGCAUUAUGCGCAUCAUUGACAACACACGGCUUAGCCGACGCAUCAGUGUCAGACGAUACGGAUACCAUAUUAUAUGGGGAUGGACCAGUUGUAAGACAAUUUUUGACUAAACGAAAUCCGAUUCAGGAAGUUUCACCGGUCAAAAUUCGAGAAUUACUUAAUCUUUCACGUGAUGAAUUUAUCGAUCUAUGCAUUUUAUGCGGAACGGAUUUUUCCGGAACAAUCCGAGGGAUUGGACCCGUAAAAGCAUUAGAAAUGAUUAGGAGUUAUGGGACGAUAGAAAAUAUCAUACCAAAUCUUGACUCAUAUAAUACGCAUGAGUCAGAUUUUAUGGAAGAAGUUAAAAGUGCAAGAAAAAUUUUCAAAAAUCCACCAACUAUUUCCUCAAAAUACAAAAAACUUUUGGAAGAAAAGGAGGAAAAUGUAGAAUUCCCAAAAUUAUUGAAUAAAUUUCAAAUCGAUACUAGUAAUAGCCAUUAUACGAAAGGGUGA